AUCUCAGAAAGACAUCCAUAUCCAAUACUAAGUCUACUCGGGACAUAUUUCACCAAAUGGCAAUAUGCUUUAACACAUUUGUGAUUAAUUUCGUUGUAAUUAAUCAUGGCUACCCACAACAAAGAAAUCAAUAGCGUUUUCAUCAUAUUGACAGUAUACCUGCAUCUAACCAGCGGGGAGUUCUCGUACCCUGAUGUCUUCGACGAUCCUGAACGCGACACUUUAAUCUCCGGGCAGUUUCCAGAUGGCUUUGCCUGGGGCUCGGCCACCUCCGCCUACCAGGUCGAAGGAGGGUGGAACGAGGACGGCAAGGGCGAGAGCAUCUGGGAUACCUUUUCUCACGAAGGCCGGAUCUAUAAUAACCAAACCGGCGACGUCGCCUGCGACAGUUACCACAAGUACACCGAAGACGUCCAGCUAGUUAAAGCCAUAGGACUGACCCAUUACCGCUUCUCCAUCUCGUGGCCAAGGAUCUUGCCCCAGGGCACAAUUGCUGGCGGCAUUAAUCAGGCUGGCUUAGAUUACUAUACCAAUCUGAUCGACGAGCUCAUUGCCAACGGCAUCGAACCCGUGGUCACCCUCUACCACUGGGACCUUCCUCAGGUACUCCAGGAUGAUUACGGUGGAUGGGAGAAUGACACUCUGGCCGACUUGUUCAACGACUACGCUGAUGUGUGCUUCACAGAAUAUGCUUCUAAGGUUAAAAUCUGGAUUACGUUCAACGAACCCUAUGUGGUGACAUGGCUCGGUUAUGGGAUAGGCAUCUUCGCCCCUGGUAUAGUCAGCCCUGGAUACGCUCCCUACCGUGCUGCCCAUACUAUCAUCAAAGCCCAUGCAAAAGCAUACCACACCUACAGAAAUAACUACUAUUCUCAAUAUGGUGGCAAGGUAUCCAUCACCCUCAGUACCGACUUUGGACAACCAAAAGACCCUGAGAAUGAAGAGGACAUCGCAGCUGCUGUAAGAUACAUGCAGUUCACAGCAGGAUGGUUCGCACACCCAAUAUUGAAGAAUGGUGACUAUCCAGAUGUCAUGAAGUGGCAGGUCGGUAACAAGAGUCUGGAGCAGGGUCUUUCCGAGUCACGUCUUCCAGAGUUCACUGAGGAGGAGAAGCAGUACAUCAAGGGUACAGGAGACUUCUUUGGGCUGAACAGCUACACUACGACCGUGUGCGAACAUAAAAUUAUAUCAGGAGAUCCCAAUUAUGAGGGUGACCAGGAUGUGGAGCGAGGCCAACCGGAUAAUUGGCCAACGUCUGCUUCUGAAUGGCUCCGACCAGUUCCUUGGGGUUUGAGAGGUCUCCUAAACUGGGUCAAGGAUGAGUAUGAUGGUAUCGACAUCUACAUCACUGAGAAUGGUGUUUCUACCCCCGAUGAGUUCAACCUUGAUGAUGAUGCCAGGGUCACAUUCUACCAAGCUUACCUCAACGAAGCCCUUAAAGCUCAAAUGUAUGACGGUGUGAACCUCGUUGGCUAUUUUGCUUGGUCACUCAUGGACAACUUUGAAUGGACUUCCGGUUACAGUCAGCGCUUCGGACUUCAUUACGUUGAUUUUGAAGAUACUGAUCGACCCCGAACGCAGAAAAAAUCUGCAGAGUGGCUGACAGAAAUCGUAGCGUACAAUGGAUUUUCAGAUCCUGAACGCGACACUUUAAUCACAGGGAAAUUUCCCGAUGGCUUUGCAUGGGGAUCGGCCACCUCCGCCUACCAGGUCGAAGGCGGGUGGGACGAGGACGGCAAGGGCGAGAGCAUCUGGGAUAAAUUUGCCCACGACGGCCGGAUCUAUGCCUAUCAGAACGGCGAUGUCGCCUGUGACAGUUACCAUAAAUACGCCGAAGACGUUCAGAUGGUCAAGGCCAUUGGCUUGACCCAUUACCGCUUCUCCAUCUCGUGGCCAAGGGUUUUGCCCCAAGGCACGCUUGCAGGCGGCAUUAACCAGGCUGGCUUGGAUUACUAUACCAAUCUCAUUGACGAACUUGUUGCCAACGACAUCGUACCGGUGGUGACACUCUACCACUGGGACCUUCCCCAAGCACUCCAGGAUGUUUAUGGUGGAUGGGAAAACGAAACUCUGGCUGAUUUGUUCAACGACUACGCCAAUCUGUGCUUCUCCAAUUAUGCUUCUAAGGUUAAGAUCUGGAUUACAUUCAACGAACCAUACGUGGUGUCAUGGCUCGGUUAUGGAAUAGGCGUCUUUGCUCCCGGUCUUUACAAUCCUGGCUACGGUGCUUACCGAGCCACCCACACUAUCAUCAAAGCCCAUGCCAAAGCUUACCACACCUACAAAGAUAGCUAUUCCCAGUACGGUGGCCAGAUCUCCAUCACCCUCAGUACCGACUAUGGAUACCCCGAGUUUCCAGAUAAAGCAGUGGAUGUAGCAGCAGCUGACAGAUACAUGCAAUUCACUGCAGGAUGGUUCGCGCACCCGAUUUUGAUAAAUGGUGACUAUCCAGAUGUGAUGAAGUGGCAGGUCGGUAACAAGAGUAUGGAGCAGGGUCUCUCCAAGUCUCGUCUUCCAGAGUUCACCGAGGAGGAGAAACAGUACAUCAAGGGUACAGGAGACUUCUUUGGGCUGAACAGCUACACCACACAAAUAUGCAGAAAUCGACCUGAACCUGCAGGAGAUCCCAAUUAUGAGGGAGACCAGGAUGUAUAUCGCUACCAACUGGACAAUUGGCCAACGUCUGGUUCUGACUGGCUCAAACCGGUUCCAUGGGGUUUGAGAGGUCUUCUAAACUGGAUCAAGAAUGAGUACAACAACGUCCCCAUCUACAUAACUGAAAAUGGUGUCAGUGACGACAACCCGGAUGAAUUCAACCUUGACGAUGACACAAGGAUAAAGUUCUACAAUGCUUAUAUCAAUGAAGCUUUAAAAGCUCAAAAGUUGGAUGGCGUUAAUCUUGCUGGGUAUUUCGCUUGGUCACUCAUGGACAACUUUGAAUGGACUUCAGGUUACAGCCAGCGCUUUGGACUUCAUCAUGUAGAUUUUGACGAUCCAGAAAGGACCAGAACGCAGAAAAAGUCUGCCGAGUGGCUGACAGGAAUCGUAGCGUACAAUGGAUUUUCAUCAGCGCCACAUCUUCAAGCCACAACAUUUGUCCUAUGUCUUUCUGCCUUAAUUUAUAAAUUGUUUGUAUGAUAUAAAUUUCAUUUUAAUGUAUUUAUGUAGUUUUCUGCUUCAAUUUAUAUUCAAAUUCAAUGAUUUCAAACAACCAUAAACACAACACAAAUGUGUUGCUUUAUCAUUACCCAAGCAAGAAACUAUUGUAUAUGUAGAUGCAAGACAGAGCAACAGUGAGAAUGUGCUAAUUCAGUUGAUGCACUGGAAGAAGACUGUGGACUUUUCAUAUAUAUGCCAAUAUAUAUAUGGCAGGCGAUUGCAAUGGUGUACAAUAGUGAGUGGUGAGGAUAGGGCUGAGGAUGACUAAAACUAAAGUUUUGAGAUCAUAUUGGGUAGCUAGCCAUUAAGUGCUAGCAAAAGAUGACUUGAAAGAAGUAGAGAGUAAAGAGGGUGGGUUUAGGUUGAAGAAUUCCCUAGAAUGGGCAAAGGUGAUAUGGGGUGUGAUUCAGUUUAACUUUCACAUGUGCUUUGCUCAUCAGUGAAUUAAAUGACAAGACUUGCCCAUGGUCCUCCAUGAGCCCUUUGACACAAAGGAUUGCUUUGGAUUUCAUAUGUGAAAGAAUAAUACUGAUUGGUUCCUAGUCAGUGUUUAGAACAAAGUACAUAUGAGUCUUUCCAUGAAGUUGAGGCACAAAUUGUGACAUUUCAGCAUAACUCAAUACUAAAUAUAGUAUAUGUUUGUAGGCUUUACAUUUGUAUUAAGACCAUACAUUUUACUGGAAAUUUGGGGCC